AAUGUACGGACUGACCGGCCGGAGCUCAGGUUACGGAGUGCAUAUAUAUAUUGCACAGCUCCAUUCCCUCCCGAGCUUUCUCAGAAGAUCUUGUUUGUACCUCCCUCGACUCGCCUCAUCAUGCAUCUUUCUCUGUGGUCCCUGUUCGUGAGCUCUUGCUUGGCAGUCCCGGUCAUUGACCGGCAACAACAAGCCUUGCGACCUCUCGACAGGAAGGGCCCCUACACGCCAGACAACCGGGAUCCCUACGACCGCAAAGUUGACUCAUAUGGCAAUGACUGGCAGCCUCUGCCUUGGCGUAACGGUGAUGGUGCCACGAUGAUGGGGCCUCGGAACAAGGACCGUGAGAGGCAGAACCCUGACAUGCUUCGGCCCCCCAGCACCGACCAUGGAAGCAUGUCCAACUACCGUUGGAGUUUUGCCGACUCUCAUAUCAGAAUCGAGGAAGGAGGGUGGACACGGCAGACCACCAUCAGAGAACUUGGAUCGAGCAAGGAGAUUGCCGGUGUCAACAUGAGACUCGAUUACGGUGUGAUUCGAGAACUCCACUGGCACAAGGAGGCUGAGUGGGCAUACGUCCUAGAAGGUAGCGUGCGCGUCACUGCUCUGGACACCGAGGGCGGCAAUUUCAUCGAUGACCUUCAGAAGGGAGACUUGUGGUACUUCCCAUCAGGCCAUCCCCAUUCUCUGCAAGGGUUAAGCCCCAACGGCACCGAGUUCUUGAUUGUCUUCGACGACGGCAACUUCAACGAAGAAUCGACCUUCUUGCUGACUGACUGGCUGGCGCAUACUCCCAAGUCUGUCCUCGGGGAGAAUUUCCGUCUCUCGCCCGAAGUAUUCAAGACCAUCCCUAAGUCCGACAAAUACAUUUUCCAGGGUAGUCUGCCCGGCUCCAUUGACGAGGAGAAGCCACAUGGCACACACGUCAAGAAGUCAAAAUACCAGUUCACCCACAAGAUGCUGGACCAGGAGCCCCUCAACACCACUGGAGGACUGGUUCGCAUCACCGACUCGACCAACUUCCCCAUCUCCAAGACCAUUGCAGCGGCCCAUCUCGACAUUGCACCUGGCGCCAUGCGUGAGAUGCAUUGGCAUCCAAAUGCCGACGAGUGGUCGUAUUUCAUCAAGGGUCGCGCCCGUGUCACCAUCUUUGGGGCCGAAGGGAAUGCCAGGACCUUCGACUACAUGGCCGGAGAUGUCGGGGUGGUCCCCCGGAACAUGGGCCAUUUUAUCGAAAAUUUGAGCGAGGAUGAACCCGUUGAGGUGUUGGAAAUCUUCCGCGCCGAGAAAUUCCAGGACUUCUCUCUGUUCCAAUGGCUGGGUGAGACGCCGAAGAAGAUGGUUGCGGAUCAUAUCUUCGCCGAGGACAAAGACGGAGCAGACAAAUUCUUGCAAGAGAUUCACAAUGCAGAGUAUGAUCCGAUCCGGGGAAAGGCCGAGGAUUCCUAACCGAGAUUGUCGCUCAGUAUUCGGCGUUUUGCAAAAUGUGGAUGGAAGACUAUGUUCCAAAAUGUAUCUGUAAAGACCAAAUCCUUAGCACCGGGGGAACAUUACAGUGGAAUGAUCAACAGCUUGCUGGAGUGGACUUAAUACCUGGAUAGCGUCGCCUACUCCCCGAGUGCCACCAAAUUACUUCGUGGUAGAACAAUUUGCCGGACGCAUAUGAUCCCUUUUCGAAUGGGACAUGGCACGCAGACCACCUGCGCCGACUGAAAUCUAGAAGCA